CGCUUCAUUUAUUGCUUCCAGCACCUUCUUCUUCUUCUUCUUCUUCGGUGUUGGGGACGAGACGAAAUUGUGCAGGUCUGCUCACGGAUUCAUCGAUACGUGUCGACUUCUUCGUCUUGGUGGUUUUGAGGAGAGACAGAGGUAGAGAGAUGGCGGGCUCGGGGUUCUCAUGGAAGCUGCCGGACCACCCGAAGCUGCCGAAGGGGAGGACUGUGGCGGUGGUGGUUCUGGAUGGCUGGGGCGAAGCGGAGCCCGAUCAGUAUAACUGCAUCCACGUCGCCGAUACUCCCGCCACGGAUUCUCUCAGGAAGGGUGCUCCUGACAAGUGGAGAUUGAUAAAGGCUCAUGGAACAGCGGUGGGGCUUCCCUCGGAUGAUGACAUGGGGAAUAGCGAGGUCGGUCAUAAUGCGUUAGGCGCUGGGCGCAUUUAUGCGCAAGGUGCAAAACUUGUUGACCUAGCCCUAGCGUCUGGAAAGAUAUAUGAAGGAGAAGGUUUUAAGUAUAUAAAGGAGUGCUUUGAGAUUGGAACAUUGCACCUUGUUGGGCUAUUAAGUGAUGGUGGUGUUCACUCUAGGCUUGAUCAGUUGCAGUUGCUCAUAAAAGGUGCUGCUGAGCAUGGUGCUAAGAGAAUACGAGUUCAUAUUUUGACUGAUGGCCGAGAUGUUUUGGAUGGUUCGAGUGUGGGCUUCGUCGAAGCUCUUGAGAAUGAUCUCGCAAAAUUACGUGAAAAAGGAGUUGAUGCACAAAUCGCAUCUGGUGGAGGUCGCAUGUACGUUACCAUGGACCGUUAUGAGAACGACUGGAAUGUCAUUAAACGAGGAUGGGAUGCACACGUUCUUGGAGAAGCUCCUCAUAAGUUUAGAACUGCUGUUGAGGCGGUAAAAAAACUCAGGGCAGAGCCUAAUGCCAGUGACCAAUAUUUGCCUCCUUUUGUCAUUGUUGACGAGAAUGGGGAGGCUGUUGGUCCCAUUGUGGAUGGUGAUGCUGUUGUUACAUUCAAUUUCCGAGCAGAUCGCAUGGUUAUGCUUGCCAAGGCACUUGAAUAUGAUAACUUUGAUAAAUUUGAUCGGGUUCGAUUUCCUAAAAUUCAUUAUGCUGGAAUGCUUCAGUAUGAUGGUGAACUGAAGCUUCCAAGCCAUUACCUUGUCUCUCCACCAGAGAUAGAGAGGACAUCCGGUGAAUAUCUAGUUCACAAUGGUAUUCGAACAUUUGCUUGCAGUGAGACUGUCAAAUUUGGCCAUGUCACCUUUUUCUGGAAUGGCAAUCGGUCUGGCUAUUUUAACCCUGAAUUAGAGGAGUAUGUUGAAAUCCCUAGUGACAUAGGAAUUCCAUUUAAUGUCCGCCCAAAGAUGAAAGCAGCAGAGAUUGCUGAAAAGGCAAGGGAUGCCAUUCUUAAUAGAAAAUUUGAUCAGGUGAGGGUAAACCUACCAAAUGGCGAUAUGGUGGGGCAUACAGGAGAUAUUCAGGCAACAAUUGUUGGAUGUAAGGCUGCUGAUGAGGCUGUUAAGAUUAUUCUAGAUGCAGUUGAUCAGGUGGGUGGAAUUUAUGUGGUUACAGCAGACCAUGGCAAUGCCGAGGACAUGGUGAAGAGGAAUAAAUCUGGGCAACCCCUAGUCGACAAGAAUGGCAACAUUCAGAUUCUUACUUCUCACACCCUUCGACCAAUUGGAUCUGGGCAGUCAUAACCUUGCAAGGAAUUGUUUGGGCAACAUGGACAAAAGAGUGGAAAAAGAGAAGCAUGUGCUACAAUUAGCCUGGCAAGUUUUAUUUCAGCACUGUGAGAUUAACGAUCGUGCUGGGGUACGGGCACGCUUGCAAAAGCAUAGACAUGGUUGGUUCAAAAUGGCCUCUCCUAGGAGGAUGAACCUUGAGACAUUGUAAAUGAUGUGGUUUUUGGCUUCUCAUUUGCGAAAUUCAGCACAUGUGAUCCUGCAUUUGGAGGUUCUUUCAUGGAAGAAAAAAAGGUGGUCAGAGUCAAUUUUGGUAAUUGGUAAAUCUAGGUGUGAUCUUGGACCAAUCAUUUCAAAUAUCCUAUGGAUCUCAGCGAGUCACGACAGUCUAUUUUCUGUAAUUAACUGAUGUCAUUGCUCGUGUCCAAAAAGUUUACUUCA